UGCAAACUCCACAAACUAGUGCCGCGAGAACAGCGGAAGCGAACGUUUCAUUAUCAUCCCAUACCUUUUAUCCGGCGACAGUUCAGUACUCGUUGAUUCACAUCUUUCAUUCGCUUCUGCAAAACACCGUGACGGUACCUUUCGGAAAAUAUUUGUUUUGUGCUACUAGAAGUGUUUAGUUCACACGAAGAUGAAAAUGUGUACUAAGCUGGUCAUUAUAUGAAGUGAGGAAAAUCAAGCAAAAAAAAAAACGGUUGAAGAAAGUGUCAUUUUCCAGUUGCCGUGGUUGAACCAGUCAGUGGAUUGUUAUUGAGAUGUUUUCUGCAUAGUAACUGCAAUGACAUAACCCGCAAAUCCAACUCAGAUUUUCUCUAAUAGUAUAUGUACUUGCUGAUGUGUGUACUUAGUGCUGCAUAUUGAACGCAAUUUUUUACACUAUUUUUCCUUGAUACCUGAUCUGGUGUGCGGUGCUGUCGUCGGUUGGUCCUGCUUUGUCGCUCAUUUCAUUCGACUAAUAGUCUGACUAAUAAUAUUAUUGAAUUAGUGGAUUCCUGUGAGGUGUUCCAUUGCAUGGAGUUGAAGGAUAAGUUCUGUGAUGAAUAAUUGUAUAUUUCGGUAGUGCAAAUCCAGACCGUAUGAUCUGUGAAAGAGAUCACAUGUCCUUGGAAGUGUCUAUAUACAAGAUUUCAAAGUGCUUUUAUGGAGUAUUCCACUGAGUGAGUGAAAAUAGAAAAUCUGAUUCGAUUACUUAACGCCUGCAGCCGUACUUGUCUGCAGAAUAGAUCGUCUAGUGGAUUAGCCGUUUUCUUCACUUCAAAUAUGCAUCAGCGCAGAACGUUCGAGAUGCUAAAACGGAACUACUUCAGCAUGAAAACAACAGAAAUGUAGUUUUCCUUCCAUCUGGAUGAGAUAGACUUUUUCGAGUCGGCACAGUGGAGAUCAGCUGUGAGCCAAAAUGCCGACGGUGAUAUCAAAGUUUGCCAAAAAGUCCUUCGAUAAGCUCGAAGAGUUCGGCUACUCCAAAGAGCUUGUCUCCAAGGGGCUUCUAUCCACGGCUCUGGUAGCGUACUGUUUGAAGAUUUCGUAUCCCUACAUAAAGCGACAAUUGUACGGAUGCGAGAAUGAUAGAGAUAAGAACCAUGAUAAUGGCAUGAGUAGAAAUGAAAAUAAUAAUCUCACAAAAAUGAAAGCCGGAGAGAAGCCAGAAGAGAAGAUUGAACAAAUAAUCAUCGAGAAGAAGCGUCGACGAAAAAAACAACCCGGGCUUAAUCUCGAAUUCAUCCUCCAGCUUAAAAAGCUCAUCCAGAUCAUGAUUCCGCAAGUUUUGUGCGAGGAAACAGGUUUACUGGCGGUUCACACCGUUUGCCUUAUCUCGCGGACUUUUCUCAGCAUAUAUGUAGCCGCCAUGGAGGGUGCAAUCGUGAAGUACAUCGUGAGAAAAGAUGUCAAAAACUUUGUACUAAUGCUAUUGCAAUGGUUCGGUAUCGCGAUACCGGCGACGUUCGUCAACUCUAUGAUUCGCUAUCUCGAGAACAAGUUGGCAUUAGCUUUUAGAACACGCCUAGUGAACCACGCCUACGACAUGUACUUCAAAAACCAAACCUACUACAAAGUGUCCAACCUGGACGGUCGAAUCGAAAAUGCCGAUCAUCGCUUAACUGAUGAUAUUUCGACCUUCUCGAGCUCAGUGGCUCAUCUGUACAGCCACCUGACGAAGCCAUGCUUCGAUCUGAUGUUGAUUGGUAUUGCUAUGGCGCGUUCGUCGCGAAAAAUGAAGGCAAACAUCGUAAUGGGACCGGCGUUGGCCACGAUUGUAAUAGGAACGACAGCUCAUAUUCUGCGCAUAGUGUCGCCCAAAUUCGGACAGCUCGUUUCAGAGGAAGCUAAUCGCAAUGGGUAUCUGCGACAUGUACAUUCCAAGAUUAUUACGAAUGCUGAAGAGAUCGCGUUCUACGGAGGACACAAAGUGGAACACGCUCAACUUCAGGACGCGUAUGCAAGGCUAGUGGUUCAAAUGAAUACAAUAUUUACGCAGAGGCUUUGGUUUAUCAUGCUCGAACAGUUCUUCAUGAAAUAUGUGUGGUCUGGUACUGGAAUGGUGAUGGUUUCCUUGCCAAUUCUAACAGCGACUAGUAUUCCGAAUAGCCUGGAACAGAAGGUCGGAUCUGGAUCUGAACUUGCUGUUAGUGAGAGAACACAGUACUUCACUACGGCUCGGAAUCUGCUGCUCAGCGGAGCAGAUGCAAUCGAGCGGCUUAUGUCGUCUUACAAAGAAAUCGUGGCUCUGGCCGGUUACACAAACCGAGUUGCCGGAAUGCUAGAGGUGUUCGAUGAAGUGAAUCGAGGAGUGUAUCAGAAGACGGUUGUGGCCGUCGAUCGGUCUGUUGCUGGCAUCCUGGAGUUCAAGAACGGACAGCCGGUUGCAAGAGGAACGAUUGAAUGCAGUGAUAACGAGAACGAUAUGACAAUUUCGUUGGAAAAUGUGCCUGUAGUGACCCCCAACUGUGACAUCGUGGUGUCUAGUCUAACAUUGACCAUAAUGCCCGGGAUGCAUUUGCUUAUAACGGGACCCAAUGGUUGUGGAAAGUCAAGCUUGUUCCGGAUCUUGAGCGGAUUAUGGCCAAUUUAUGGAGGAACGCUGCGAAUACCAAAGCUUACGAGGGAUAAACCUUGCAUGUUUUAUAUCCCUCAACGACCUUACAUGUCCUGCGGAAGUCUGAGGGACCAAAUCAUAUAUCCAGACACGCGUAAAGAAAUGAUGAGCAAAAACAUCACAGAAUGCCAGUUGAGAGAAAUUAUGCGAAUGGUAGAGUUAGAACACAUCGUACAUAGAGACAGCUUUGAUGAAAUUCGAGACUGGAAAGAUACUCUCUCUGGUGGUGAAAAACAAAGGAUGGCUAUGGCUAGACUUUUUUAUCACAAACCACAAUACGCUCUACUAGAUGAAUGCACCAGCGCCGUCUCGAUUGACGUCGAGAGCUCCAUUUACGAGAAAGCCAAGUCCAUGGGAAUAACCCUCUUGACAAUCACCCACAGACCAACCUUGUGGAAAUUCCACACUCAUAUCCUGGAAUUUGAUGGUCAAGGUGGAUGGGUGUUCGAGGCUCUUGCCAACGAUGCUCAACAGAAGGUUCCUAAAACUAUCAAUCAAAUCGUAUAUCAAAAUCACAAACCAUACACGGAAGUGCCGGAAAUUUCGUCCUCUACGGUUUCGGUGUAAGCUGCCUUCACGAAACUGUAUAAAACAUUUCAUCACAAAAUAUCGAGAUUAUUCUAUCCCUACAAUAUGUAGAAAUUCUAGCAAAAUUUUCUAGUAAUGUAAUUUUAAACAAACGCAGGUGAUUUGUUAAGCACUUAGUAUAUAAGAUAAUAUUAGUUGAAAAAUUAAAAAUUUUCUUUGGCCUAAAGUAUCCUUGAAAUAUUUGCAAUCUGGAUUGUAUGUCAGCAAACAAUUUAAAUGUGAAUAUGUUGUAAUAUUUCUUGAAAAUACGACCUUAAAGAUAAAUUUUGAAAGAUCUCUUUUCAAUGAUA